ACCACCACCUACCAACUUCUACCGACCCAGCUUGUGGUUUUCAACGAUGAUCCCUUUUAUACCUCAAACUAAACGCCUGACACGAUUUCAGUCAUAACCUCCUCGCCAGAGACCCUCGAGAUAAAGAAAAAAGAGUUGGUGGCCAUGUCUCGCAUCUUUGCUGGUUUGCGCUCCGCGGGCACCACCACAUCGUUGCGACGCCCACGUACACCCACUGAGAUCCUCCUCAACAUUGCCCUGGCAGGGAUAGCAUCAUACUCCACCUUUGCUCUUAUAUCUCAUCACUUGAUAGCUAUCGGUAACAGUGACGGUCCAUCAAUGUUCCCUACCAUGCCCACCAGCACGAGCUUGACGGUUUACUCACGACGACACCGACACGGUCGAAACAUCAAGGCCGGUGACGUUAUUAUUUUCGAAAACCCAGUGUUCCUGCGAGGCAUGGCCAUCAAGCGAGUGAUUGGUAUGCCUGGGGACUAUGUAGUGUAUGAUCCCGCCCAAAGUCCCACGGUUGGAGGGGCAGGAAUUGGAGGAGAUGCCACCACGCGGGCGACCGAGACCAGUACAAGCAAGAAGACGAACACGGGCACGAGCCCUCCUCCAGAGCCAACGAUGAUCCAAGUCCCGGAAGGUCAUGUGUGGGUGGCAGGUGACAAUCUGGCUUAUAGCAGGGACUCUAGGUUCUAUGGACCUUUACCAAUGGCACUCAUACUAGGGAAAUGUCUGUACAACGGGGACGGGUGGUUCAGUUGGAGAGACAUGAGGGGGACGGGUUUCCAACCAGUCCUGCGAGAAGAAGAGGAGACGUGAUGCAAAGAACAAAGACAAAACAAGAACAAGAACAAGAUCAGAGAGGGAAAGUGAAAUAAAUGAGAUUUGUACAGAGUACAGUGUACAGGUAAAGGUACAGAGUACGGUUACAGAUACAGCCACGGCUAUGGAUACAGGUGAUGGAGGAUCGCUUGCUUGCUUGCUUCGGGUAAUAAGGCGCCUCCAGAAGCUCCACCACGAACCAACUCUACCUGAAGCUAGGAGGAUUACGCCUCUUAUACGGCAAAGGCUCAACCUUCUUCCUCUUGAGCUCGACAUCAGCACCCUCGAGCCCGGCUCUUUGCAUGACGCCAGCCAUGUUUUCAUCCCAUUGUGUCCGGAACAAGGAUGCGCUGAUGGGUGUCAACAGGUGUCGACUCAUAAAGCUGCGAGCAGAGAAACCCUCCCUUUGGACCUUGCUCUUGGCAACUUCCAGGUCGAUGGGGAUGUUGUCCUUUUGUUGCCAGAUGACGAUAGAUAAUCGGUGGUAUGGGCUACCUUUCUGAGCGUGAGGCGGCAGCCAAGGUAGGAGGACUUGAUUAUCGGCGGACAGUUUGGCGAGGUCGACCAAAGGUUCGGUCACAGAGAUGGGAACAUUGGUAGCCAAGAAGUGGCAUCUCGAGUCGAAGCUGUCGGUCUCCAAGUUGGGGACGUCUGGGUCGACCACAGCAAUGCUGACCAACUUCUCACCUCGUUCAAAGGUUUGCAGAGUCAACUGGCAGGCGUUCUCGCUGAUGUCUGAUCGCACGAAUUCGCCGGGUGGAACAGACUUUCUGCCAAAUGCAAUCUUGAUGUCCAAGAUCGGAUCACAUGUUGGGAUCACAUCUGGUACAACAUUCAUCUGGGUAAUGCGUUGGACCAGAAUCUUCCGGGGGUAUUCUCGCCAUUUUCGCUCGGCUAGGUAUCUGUAGAUGGGUUUAUUCAUGUCUCCUGUUUUAAAUUGUCAAUGUAGCUCUUUGAGAUCUAGCUUGAGAUUAUCUCACCUUUGC